AUGUUUGAAUUUGACAGAGGUAGCUUAAACCUUUCCCAAUUUAGCUUAAAAUUGAAAAAUUUCCACUCGAACUCCCAAAACGUGGUGGAUGAAUAUGCGUCCAUAUUCAGUCAAAAUGUUGCACAAUCCAAUACAGAUUUUAACAAUGUUUAUAACCAACAGGAAAUUUCUGAAAAUUAUAAUCUAGACACGAAUUAUGAGAACUUUAAUUUUUCAACUGCUGACAUAUGUAACACGUUCACCGAAGAAAAUGAGAUAAUCCUAGAUAAAUUCGUCCCAAAAUUUUCAACAAAUAUUCAAUUGUAUACACAAACAGACGUGCAAUAUGUGCAUUCUGGAUCUAAUAAGAGUGGUAAAGGAUUGUUAGAUGAUAAAUUAAGUAUUGAAAUUUUGUCUUGUGACUCAAACAAUCAUUCAGCAAAAGUAAUUAACAAAAAAACAACUGUGUGUGAUUCUAUCGGGGAAAACGCUAAAAAAAAUGAAAAAAAUAACAAUUAUGUUUGCGUGGCUCCAUUAAAAUACUAUAAUAAGAAUAAAUGUCAAGUUAUAUACUACUGUUUGCUAUGUCAUAAUCACGGUGGAAUAACUAGAAGAAGUUGGACUAGGCAUGUAAAAGUUUGUCACUCCAAUAAAACGUUACAUAAUAAAAAUUACAAGAAUAUUAACGAGGGUAUACCAAUCAUAGAUGGUGCCGCUGCGAAUAUUUGCAAAACUAGCGUAUUAUACAAAAGUUCUAAAGAUAGUAAUGGGAUUUCUGGUACUAAAAAAUCGCAUAGUAAUAAACACAUAUCAAAAAAUAGUCCAUUUAUUGACAACCUGGAGAGCAUAUUAAAUAAGACACUACGAAAGAUGACAGUUAUGGAGCUAAUAAGGUUAACAACAAGAUAUUGUCCGUAUCUAAGGAUAAGAACAUUUGACAAGUGUAGGCUAGUGGAAUGUCUAAUGACGAGUUGUAACAAAGAGAGAGUGAUAGUGACCCACAAGCAUCGGUGGCGCUGUUAUGUGUACACUAGGUAA